AGUAGCUCCACUCUCUCUCCUCCAAGCCUACCCCAGCCGCCGCCGCCGCCACCGCCACCUGCCCCAGCGCGCCGCCGCCGCAGCCACCAUGGGUCGCGUCCGCACCAAGACCGUGAAGAAGACCUCCAGGCAGGUGAUCGAGAAGUACUACUCCCGCAUGACCCUCGACUUCCACACCAACAAGAAGGUGCUCGAGGAGGUCUCGAUUCUGCCCUCGAAGCGCCUCCGCAACAAGGUGGCUGGCUUCAGUACCCACCUGAUGCGCCGCAUCCAGCGCGGCCCAGUCCGCGGCAUCUCGCUCAAGCUGCAGGAGGAGGAGCGCGAGCGCCGCAUGGACUUCGUGCCGGAGAAGUCCGCGCUCGAGGUCGAAGAGAUCCGCGUCGACAAGGAGACCAUGGAGAUGCUCGCUGCCCUCGGCAUGGCCGACCUGCCCGGCGUUGAGCGCCAGGCUGAGGUCUCCAACGCCCCCGCCUACGGCCGCCCGCAGUACGGUGGUCCCCGCCGUGACCGCGUUUAGACUUCGCGGUGGUUGCCUCUUGAUCGCACUGCUAUUCGUAGUUGUUGUCCUACUAUGCUAAACUUCUUUUAGAUCUUUGGUUGCAUCUGUGGCGGUUAAGUUUUGAACUUGCCUGUUAUGGUAUAAAUUCUGAAGUGUUUGGUUCUGCGUGUGAUGAA